CGGACGCGCUCAGGGUACGGCGUUAUUAUACGGGACUGGAAAGCUUUAGCAUUUCCAGUGAUCUAGGAUACCGGAACAAAGAAUCUCAGCUAUACACAAGUUGCCCUCCUGCAACUGCUACCUCCGAGUCUGUCGGUAACUCGGUAUACUCCGUCGGAAGACCUUCCAGCGCCUAGCCAGGAUGGCGCUUUCCUCCUCACAACGCUGCACAACUGGUGCCAAGGUGUUAAAAGCUCAACCUGUAGUUCGUCGAGUACUGCCGGUGCUGCCGGCUACCAAACCCGCCUCAUCGCGUCGCGUCGCAGCGUCUGCUCAGAAGCAGCAAUACUCAUCCUUUGAGGACAUGCUAACACGUUCAGACGUCCCCCUGCUGGUCGACUUCUACGCUACAUGGUGCGGCCCCUGCCAGAUGAUGACCCCGGUGCUGGGCGCCAUGGCCGCGCGCUUCCAGGACCGCCUGCGGGUGGUCAAGAUAGACACGGACCGCUACCCGGGGGUGGCAAGCAAGUACCGAGUGCAGGCGCUACCCACCAUUGCGUUGUUCAAGGGCGGCAACAUUGUGUUCCGGUUCGAGGGGGUGUUGAACGAGGCGCAGCUGGCAGAGCGCAUCCAGUACCACCUGGGCAGCAGCAGCGGAGCGAGCGCAGGGACGGCCGAG